UCCGGCUAGCUCGAAGAGACAGAAAUUUAAUUCCUAAAUAAUUUUAUUUCGGGGGAAAUUAUUUUAGCGUUUGUUGUAUGCACAGUUUUCCAUCCGCUGUGUUUUUCGCGUCACAUCCCCCGUGGCUGGAGGAAUGUCGAAACCGAAUGAUUUAAAAAUAGCAGCAUCUCUUUGACAGCCUGCUCUGGUGACUUUCGUAGCAUUGUGGUGCAAGAAGCAGGAAUGCGAAGAUGGCUACAGACCUAGGAGAGCUGCUGGUCCCCUAUAUGCCCACCGUCAGAGUCCCCAGAACAGGAGACAGGGUUUUCAAGAGCGAAUGUGCCUUUUCCUUCGAUUCUCCCGAGUCUGAGGGGGGCCUGUACGUGUGCAUGAACACAUUCUUGGGGUUCGGAAGAGAACAUGUGGAGAGACAUUACCGCAAAACUGGACAGAGUGUUUACAUGCACCUUAAACGACACAUCAGAGAGAAACCCACGGGUGCCGCAGGUGGUGCCAUUCCCAGAAGAAGAAAUGGCAAAGUGUUUCUAGAUUUAGAGCUUAAUCGUGAUUUUAACGGAGACCAUUAUGAGUAUGAAGACGAAGCCAAGCUUGUUAUAUUCCCAGACCACUACGAGAUCCCCUUACCAAAUAUUGAGGAGUUGCCUGCACUGGUGACAAUAGCGUGCGACGCCGUGCUCAACGCCGCCUCGGCCUACAAGAAGCAGGAGCCAGACUCCUGGGAGGAGGAGAUCCAGGUGUCCAAACAUGCCAGGAGUCUCCGACAGCUGGACAACGGAGUCAGGAUCCCACCCAGUGGAUGGAAGUGUCAGAAAUGUGAGCUGAGGGAGAACCUGUGGCUGAACCUGAGCGACGGAGUGGUGCUCUGUGGGAAAUGGUUCUUCGACGGGAGCGGCGGGAACGGCCAUGCCCUGGAACACUACAGAGAAACCAACUUCCCUCUCGCGGUGAAACUGCACACCAUCACCCCUGAUGGAGCAGAUAUUUACUCUUUUGAUGAAGAAGAGGCAGUGCUGGACCCACACAUAUCAGAACACUUGUCACACUUCGGCAUAGACAUGCUGCAGAUGCAACGGCCAGAGAAUGGCCACCACACAGACACCAACGUGCGGCCGCGAGUGAGCGAGUGGGAGGUGAUUCAGGAGUCGGGGAUGAAGCUUAAGGCCGUGUACGGUUCAGGUUACACCGGCUUCAAGAACCUGGGAAACAGCUGCUACCUCAGCACGGUCAUGCAGGUCCUCUUUAGCAUCCCCGAGUUCCAGAGAGCGUACGUCGGAAAUCUACAGAGGAUAUACGACUAUUCACCUCUUGACCCAACACAGGACUUUGCCACACAAAUGGCCAAACUGGGCCAUGGGCUGCUCUCAGGCCUGUUCUCCAAACCACCCAUGAAAUCUGAACUCAUUGAACAGGUGAUGAAAGAAGAACACAAGGUAUUAGACUGGCAUCAGCAGAAAGGAAUCUCUCCCAGGAUGUUUAAAGCCUUGGUCAGCAAGGGCCACCCAGAGUUCUCCUCCAACAGACAACAGGAUGCCCAAGAGUUCUUCCUUCAUAUCAUCAACCAGGUGGAGAGGAACUCUUCGGGCUCAGAGAACCCCAGCGACGUGUUCCGCUUCCUGGUGGAGGAGCGCGUGCAGUGCUGCCAGUCGCGGAGGGUGCGCUACUCCCAGAGGGUAGACUACCUCAUGCAGCUCCCCGUGCCCAUUGAGGCAGCCACCAACAGAGAGGAGCUCAUAGCGUACGAGGCCAAGCGGAAGGACGCCGAGGAGAACGUGCGUCCGCCCCCGGAGCCCGUGAGAGCCCGCGUUCCCUUCACAGCCUGCCUGCAGGCCUUCACAGAGCCCGACAACGUCCCCGACUUCUGGAGCUCCGCGCUACAGGCCAAGUCGGCGGGAGUCAAGACGUCCCGCUUUGCCUCCUUCCCAGAAUAUUUGGUUGUUCAGAUUAAGAAAUUCUCAUUUGGCGUGGACUGGGUUCCGAAGAAGCUAGACCUGGGCAUUGAAGUCCCAGACUUCCUGGAUCUGUCCAGACUCCGCGCCACAGGUCUGCAGUCAGGAGAGGAAGUGCUCCCGGACCUCACUCCACCCAUCGUCCUUCCUGAAGACACCCGAGAUAACUCCAUGAACUCCCUGGACUCUCCAGAGAUAGACGAGGCGGCGGCCAUGCAGCUGGCGGAGAUGGGCUUCCCACUGGAGGCCUGCCGGAAGGCGGUGUACUACACGGGAAACAUGGGGCCCGAGAUGGCCUUCAACUGGAUCAUAGCCCACAUGGAGGAGCCUGACUUUGCCGAGCCCCUGGCUCUUCCCACCGUCCUGGAGCCCCUUCCAUCCAGCAGCAGCCCCAGCAUGGGUGCCUCCCCCCUGGACAGCCAGCCCCCCGAGGAGAGCAUCGCCAUCCUGACCUCCAUGGGCUUCCCUCGCAGGCACACCGUCCAGGCCCUGAAGGCCACGAACAACAACCUGGAGCGGGCUCUGGACUGGAUCUUCACCCACCCGGAAAUGGAGGAGAGUGACGCCCUGUCGGACAUAGCCGACACAGAGCCCAACGACAACGUCUUCUCCAACGCCAACUCCCACAGCGGCUCCACGAUGUCUCCAGACCAGGACACGUCAGGGCCCCGGAUCAAAGAUGGGCCUGGACGUUACGAGCUCUUCGCCUUCAUCAGUCACAUGGGUGCAUCCACAAUGUCUGGUCAUUAUGUAUGUCACAUCAAAAAGGAGGGAAGGUGGGUGAUUUACAAUGAUCACAAAGUGUGUUUGUCGGAAAGGCCUCCAAAAGACUUGGGCUAUGUCUACUUUUAUCAUCGACUGUCCAGCAGCUAGAGCCAGUCACAGCCAUCUCCCCCCACCCUCCAACUCCAGAAAACGACAACUUCACAACCGAAAGACUGGAAGACAAAGGCGGCAGCGACAACAAUGGAGGCUACAGAAAUAAACACCCCCGAGUCAAGGUGACAACCGGCUUGACGCACCACUCAAGUGUCAUUCAAGAGCACCCGGGAAAAAUAUGGAAGACCAAAAAGGUCAAAGAGGGGAAUGCAAUGUGCAACUGUACGUCUGUGGUUACUGUGUGCUUGUGUGUGUUUUAAAUAUGUCUUUUGUCUACUGUGUAGUUACAGAGGAAUGUGUGCAAUUUCAGUUAACGGAAUACUUGGCACAAAAUAAUAUCACUUAUCAGAUUGUAUUACUGUGUUCAUUCUAUAUGCCUUUGGCAAAUGUGCCAGUAAUAUAAAGUCAUAUAAACUUUAAGCGUAUUAAUACACGCUAGAACACUUCACUGCCAGCCCUGAAAUGCCCUGCACUGAUACAAGAAGAAAAAUAAUCAUACAAUAUAGCUUGGGGCCUUGCAUGGAAUGCUGGGAAAUGUUACACAUCGAUAAGAUGGAUCUGAGGAUGCUAGGAACUCCUAACAUGUGGAACUGCACAUAGCCAGUCAGAAAACAUGGUCAUGGAUAGAAAUAGACAAUGCAAACCAAAAUCUACUAUAGACAGAAAAGACAAUUACAUUUAGGAUCUGUCUGUGACAGCCCUAAUAAGGAAGUCCAUUAAUAGGUAUCAUCUCAACCAGUAUUGUUUGAGAAAAUAAGUUCAAUCUUUGCGACUUUUAUGUUCUGCUGAGGGGAAAAAUGGUAGCCUGUGCAAAUCUGAUCAUUGGCUAAGAUUAAAAAAAGAUUGAAAAGAUCGAAAAAGCAUUUUGAUUGAAAUUAUUUUAUAUCCAAACCAUCUCAUAAUGAAAAUAAACAUUGCACAAUUUUGUUAUACCUUGAACUACCCCAAAUUACAUCUGAAUGUCAUAGAAAUCUAGCAACUGAAUGUCAAAACCAAAAUGCUGACUACUUUCCAGCAGCAUUUCCCCAUAUCCUCUUGGACUUCUGCAACUGUUGGUAUCCUACAGUAGAGAAACUCUUAUAACAUUGUUUGGAAAGCCCCAGUUCUAUAAGUAUUUUAUAAAUGUAUUAAUACAAAAAUAAUUUUGCCAGCCUGACUGGGUUGUAUUGUCACUACCAUAACAGUGAAGCCGGCGACAUUUGGUUGCCUCACUAGACAAAAAUCAUAGUUUUGUAAGGAAAACACACCCAAAUGUAAUGUGUUUCCAAUAAUAAUACAGUACUCUGAUUCUGUAUCCAAAAAUAUUAGCAUUUCCCAUGCUUCAACUUCAACCGAAUGUGCUUCAACACAGCCACUGGUUUGUGUUGGACUAGAGUCAAAACUAUAUGCAAUAUGCACUGGAACAUAUUCUCUCGAGGACAGGACAUCUGUACUAAGCUGCACAACUUUCCCUCAGAACAGUCCUUCCGUGCAUUAGCGUUAGCGUCUGUUAGCGGUCGGUGCAGUUCUGAAUGUGUCUACUGAUGGUGCUCACUGAAACCAAAAACCUCUCCUGUCAGCUAUUAAAAUUGACCAUGUCAAUAAGUGAACUCCUCUUCUGAUGCACCACACACACCAGCUCCUGUGUAUACUGGGUUUACUCUCAUUAUCAAAUUAUUUCUCUUGUGCUUUGGCUUGGCAGCAUAUGUCACCUUUGUCGCAUGCGGCUGUCUCCUUUUAUAUUCUGUAGCCAUGUUUAUGCGUCCACUGGUGGCACGUGGCAGUGUGGCCCGUACUGUUCAAUUUCAUUCACUGAGCAAAGAAUUGUUUAACAAACCGAACAUUCAAUGUAUGAACACACACAGAUGGAAGGCUGGAUUCUUUUCUUGCGCUGCUCGAAUCAUGAUGUCUUUUGACUUCUCAAGGGAAAGCUGGUUAAGGGGUUUGAUUGAGUUGAACCUCUCAAUUGUGUUUGGAGAAGAUUUAAGUCUCCUUAACAUCAUUCAAGGUUUCUCAUCCUUGUCAGAUAUUACUUGAUAAAUGGUUUCUGUGUACAUUGUCUAUGCAGCCAGGGAAUUCUUAAUGGUUUCUAUGCAAGUCUCUUGUUUCUGUGAUUUUUCCCUUCGGCCACAUUGUUAGCUACCUACAGCGGGAUAAAUGUAGGCUACGAUGAAAAAACGUUGCUUCGAAGUAUAGUGUUUGUAUUGUCCUCCCCCCACACCUUGGUUUCUCUCACUGGAGCCUCUUGCUGUCUCCACCACUCUCUCUCUCUCUCUUGGUUGUCAAAGGUAACGGUUUUGCCUUUGUGCCACAAAAACGCCUUUGUCUGUCAGCAUGUGCACUAAACAGGCAUUUAGUCAUUUGGAUUGUACAAUUGUACUUUUUUCUUUCUUUUUUCAUUUUUUCUUUUAUCCAAAUGUCCUUUGAAACUUCACUUCUCGAUUUAUACUCGAUUUUUCUUUGUCUUUUUGCAAUCAAGUUUGUGCCAAUCCACUAGUUUUCAUUAUUAGAGUUUCAUUUUGUUUAAAGUUAACUUUUGUAAUGUAUGUUUUUAUCCAAAUAUUGCAGAGGAUACAGUGUUGUAAAGAUAAACAGGAAUAACCUAAAUGUAACGUAACAUAUCUAUGGUACUUGUUUCUUGCAAUGUUUGGAUAGUUCAAUAAACAACACAUUUGUUGACAUUAAUUCGUAGUCAUU